AAUGGCAUCGCGGACGUGAUGCGUCUUAUGUCCUAAGAUUGUGAAGAUCUGAACAAUUGAAAUUUACGCUCCCGCGGCAUUGUCGAGAUGUUGGGUUGGAUGACGGGGCAGAAUCAGAACGAGCAGUUCGCGCAUUCCGCCGACAACUCAAAAGUCCUCGAAGCGCCCGAAACCCCCGCGCCUGUGUUUGCGCUUCGUGCGUUUAAAAGUGCGCUGUUUGGUACGCCAGCUCCGGAAGAGGAGGACCGCGAUAGGGUGUUGCGCGCAAAGGAGCAGCAACCUCCUAUUCGCGCACAAGUCCAGGUCGAUCCGCGGAAAGAUCAUUCGACAGGGAGCUUGAGGAACGAUAACAUGCCAACACUACAGCCCGACACUGCUCCGACUGGGAACACGAUGGCUUCCCCGACAAAAAGCAUCCUUGUUACGCCGGGCACCAUCUCGAAUCGACGAAAAACCGUGUCAUUUGGCGAUGGCGUUGUGGAUAAUGAACGGAAACAAGAAUCACCCAGCAAAGCCCCUUCAUUAAGGACACCCACGAAUUCAUCCACUAGUCCCAGUAACCAAUGGGCAUCUGGCUCGUCGGACGGCAAACCGCGCAGCAAACUAACGCAGGCUUUGCUGGAUUCACGCGAGAAACGCUCCUCGAAAGACAUUCAACCUACACAUACGUCCAAACCUAGCGAGACUCGAUCGGGCGGAACUACAUCGAAAAUGACCCUACAGUCGGCAGAGAAGGACGACAAUGAUGAAACCCUCAAUAUGAGCGAACCUCGUUCCCAAUCAGGGAAAUAUUGGAAAACCGAGUUUGAUAAAUAUAGAACGAGGACUGAUUGGGAGAUCAAACGACUCGUUCAGUACCGCUCUGUUGCGAAAUCCUACGCCAGGAAGAAGGAUGAGGAGGCCGUGCGUUUGGCUGAGAAGCUGAAACAAGAGGAGGAAAAGGUCGCGGAAAUGGAACGUCACGUAUCGCAAUUGGCGUCGACGAUGGUCACUGAGGGAGAUAAGCACGACAAAGAAAGACUGAUUCAAGAUCUCACCAAGCAGACAGCUUUGGCCUUGCAGUAUAAGCACCGUGUUACCAUGCUGCGCAAGGCCUUGGAGCAACAUGGUGUGGUUAGCAACGAGAUGGAGGAUAUCAAGGAACAGUCGGAUGGAAACGUCUCAGCUGAUAAAACCGCGGAGGAGCUGCGCAAAACCCAGCAGGCACUGGAGCAGGCAAAUGCGAAGAUCAAGGCGAUGCAGAAUCAGCGGUCAGACCUCAGCCAGCUCCACGAUCUCUCAGAAAGCUCAGAACAAAAGGCCUCAGAACUAGAGAAAGAAAACAUCACACUCAAACAAACCUUGGCGCGAUUCAAGUCAGAGAUGACCAAAUACGAGGGGCGCCGCAAAGAGAAGGAAGCAAAGCUGAAGCAGAGAGAAGCCAAGUUGGAACUACGAAUCCGGGAAUACCGAGAACGCUUGAGGACCGUGACCCAGCGACACCGAGAAUCACAAGAUUCCUUCAAGGAGUCAUUCGAAGAAGAACGUCACAGCCUGCUCGAACAGAUCGAGCGACUAAAACUGACCCUCGGCACUCUUGAUCGUCUUCCGGAUUUCGAGUCUGGUCGCCUUACCCUCAGUCCACGCAAAGACUAUACAGGGGUCAACGUGUACGAUUUCGGGCAAAGCAGCCCCCGGAGGGGCCACGACAAUGAUGAGACAGAAGAAUUCGGCGACCCUCCGAGUCCGAGCCCUCGCUCGAAGGAACGACGCUAUCGCCAAUUACGAAGUGCAACCGACGACCCUCUUGACCUGAGGCGAGCUGCGCAGGCCAUGGGGAUCGACAUAGACGGCGACGAUAACGAUCCAUUAAUCUACGCAGAAGAAGAGGAGGGAUCUCCUCAAAGACAGCCUCGUCGGUUCAACCACGUACCCGACGAUGAAGGCGACGUGGUGAUCCCGCCCUCUUCGCCCCCAGAUCUCUCAUCCAUCAAACCCUCCUAUAACCGAAGAUUAUCGACAAAGCUAGAUCACGACCUAGAUGAUCAGCGCACGACGUCUCGCAGCCGUUAUCUAGCUGGUCUCGAAGGAGAAAAACAGACCCGCCCCCAGCAGCGUCGUCGCCGCUCACCUACCAAAUACGGCUUGGACGCUUUGUCCAAACAACAGCAACUUGGCUUAUCAGAAUCGCAGCGUGAUGCGAUGCCAAUAGACCGGAAGAUCGCGGCCCAGGCUCGUCUCAAGCGGAAAGAAGCAAGUCGGAAAGCGAAAGAGGAGGCAAUCGAGGCGUUUUAGCGAGGGCUUACAUGUACAUGUGCUCUGAUAUUUAUCUACUUUGGAUUCUUUCUGGUGUCAACGGUUGGUUGCUUUUGGGUUUAGGCGUACUACUUGAUAGGUUGAUAGGUUUGCGAAUAACACCCA